AUGAUGGUGGAAUCAGCCUCGGAGACAAUCAGGUCGGCUCCGUCCGGUCAGAAUGGCGUGGGCAGCCUCUCCGGGCAGGCCGAUGGCGGCGGUGGCGGUGGUGGUGGAGCCGGAGCUGCCAGCACAGCCGGAGGCUGCGCGGGCAGGGACGCAGCCUCUGGAGCAGAAAGCAACGGCGAAAUGAGCCCUGCAGAGUUGCUGCACUUCCAGCAACAACAGGCUCUCCAGGUGGCCAGGCAGUUCCUUCUGCAGCAGGCCUCAGGCCUAAGCUCCCCCGGGAACAAUGACAGCAAGCAGUCAGCUUCUGCCGUUCAGGUGCCGGUGUCGGUGGCCAUGAUGUCGCCGCAGAUGCUCACCCCCCAGCAGAUGCAGCAGAUCCUGUCGCCCCCACAGCUACAGGCCUUGCUCCAGCAGCAGCAAGCUCUCAUGCUCCAGCAGCUGCAAGAAUAUUACAAGAAGCAGCAAGAGCAGCUCCACUUACAACUCCUCACUCAGCAGCAGGCUGGAAAACAGCAACCCAAAGAGGCUCUGGGGAACAAACAGCUGGCCUUCCAGCAGCAGCUCCUGCAGAUGCAACAGUUGCAGCAACAACACCUGCUCAACCUGCAGAGGCAGGGACUGGUCAGCCUGCAGCCCAACCAGGCCUCGGGGCCCCUCCAGAACCUUCCGCAAGCAGCCGUGUGCCCGACGGACCUGCCCCAGCUGUGGAAGGGUGAGGGUGCCCCCGGGCAACCCGCCGAGGACAGCGUCAAGCAGGAGGGGCUGGACCUCACUGGCACAGCCGCCACCGCUACCUCGUUCACUGCGCCACCCAAGGUUUCCCCGCCCCUCUCCCACCACACCCUGCCCAAUGGACAGCCCACUGUGCUCACGCCUCGGAGAGACAGCUCCUCCCACGAGGAGACCCCCAGCUCCCACCCCCUCUAUGGACACGGUGAGUGUAAAUGGCCAGGCUGUGAGACGCUGUGUGAAGACCUGGGCCACUUUAUCAAACACCUCAACACAGAGCACGCCCUGGACGACCGGAGCACGGCCCAGUGCCGGGUCCAGAUGCAGGUGGUGCAGCAGCUGGAGAUCCAGCUCGCCAAGGAGAGUGAGCGGCUGCAAGCCAUGAUGGCCCACCUGCACAUGCGGCCCUCUGAGCCCAAACCCUUUAGCCCACCGCUGAACCCGGCCCCCGGCUCCUCCUCAUUCUCCAAGGUGACCGUCUCCGCAGCUGAUUCCUUCCCAGAUGGCCUCGUGCACCCCCCCACCUCAGCUGCAGCCCCUGUCACCCCCUUGAGGCCCCCUGGCCUUGGCUCUGCCUCCCUGCACAGUGGAGGUCCCACCCGACGGAGGAGCAGCAGCGACAAGUUCUGUUCCCCCAUCUCCUCAGAGUUGGCCCAGAAUCAUGAGUUUUACAAGAACGCCGACGUCAGGCCCCCGUUCACCUAUGCCUCCCUCAUCCGCCAGGCCAUCCUGGAAACCCCUGAUAGGCAGCUGACCCUGAAUGAGAUCUAUAACUGGUUCACCCGAAUGUUCGCCUAUUUCCGGAGAAACACUGCCACCUGGAAGAACGCUGUGCGUCACAACCUCAGCUUGCACAAGUGCUUUGUCCGCGUGGAGAAUGUCAAGGGUGCUGUGUGGACCGUGGACGAGCGAGAGUAUCAGAAGCGGAGACCGCCAAAGAUGACGGGGAGCCCUACCCUGGUGAAGAACAUGAUCUCGGGCCUCAGUUAUGGAGCACUUAAUGCCAGCUACCAGGCCGCCCUGGCCGAGAGCAGCUUCCCCCUCCUCAACAGUCCUGGCAUGCUGAACCCGGGCUCCACCAGCAGCCUCCUGCCCCUCAGCCACGAGGAUGUGGGCGCCCCCGUGGAGCUGCUGUCCAGCAAUGGCAGCAGCAGCCCCCCUCGCCUCUCCCCACCGCAGUAUGGCCACCAGGUGCAGGUGAAAGAGGAGCCAGCAGAGGCUGAGGAGGAUGGGCGACCCAGGCCCCCCCUGGUUCCCCCCAAUCCCAACACCACUGGGCCUGUGGAAGACAGGGACCUGGAGGAGGAGCUGCCGGGAGAGGAACUGUCCUAA